UGAGGUGCUUGAGCUGUGAACAGAAAUUGCAUUGCUUCUCAACACCGCGAAGUCUGUCAAACAGGCAUAGAUCAGUGAUGACACAAGAGUGGUGGUCAUUACUUUUAUUGCUUAGCAUUGUCUUGCUGAGCACAGAGGGGUGGCCGACCAAAGAAGGAUAUGCUCCAAAACACUAUCCACCAUUAGUGCGAUUGCGACAUAAGCAAGAUGGAAGCCCAGACAGCACAAGGUUAAAAGUGUAUUAUGGUCAAGAUGGCCAUUUUGGACCCUGUGAAAACAAGUAUUGUGGGCUUGGCCGACAUUGUAUUGUUAACAAGGAGACAGGACAGGCGGACUGUGCGUGCAUGGAGCGCUGCAAGCCCAAUUACAAACCUGUGUGUGGUUCUGAUGGGGAACUUUAUGAAAAUCACUGUGAGCUUCAUCGUGCUGCCUGCCUGAAGAAACAAAAAAUUUCCAUUGUCCAUAAUGAAGACUGCUUUUUCAAAGGUGACAAGUGUAAAUUGAUUGAAUACAGUAAACUGAAAAACAUGCUUCUCGAUCUCCAGAAUCAAAAAUACAUCCGACAACGAAAUAACAAAGAGAAUGAAGACAAAAUGUCUCUCAAAAAGUUGCUGGUGGAUAACAUGUUUGAAUAUUUUGAUUCAAAUGACGAUGGACAUGUUGACAGCAAUGAAUUGGCUCAGGUAAUUAAACAGGAUAGGCUUGGAAAGGAUCUCUCUCAGUGCUCAUUAUUUGAUCUACUGAAAUAUGAUGACUAUAAUAAUGACAAGCAUCUAACACAGGAGGAGUUCUAUAGAGCAUUCCAGGUGAUUCAGCUGAGCCUGGCAGAAGAUCAGAAAGUGAGCAUCACCACAGCAACAGUGGGACAAAGUGCAGUCCUAACGUGUUCAAUUCAGGGAAUUCUGAGGCCCCCAAUAAUUUGGAAACGCAACAACAUUAUUCUUAACAAUUUGGAUCUGGAAGAUAUCAGUGAUUUUGGAGAUGAUGGUUCACUGUAUAUAACCAAGGUUACGACAACUCACAUGGGAAACUAUAGUUGUCAUGCAGAUGGCUAUGAAAAGCUCUACCAGACUCAUAUCCUGCAAGUGAAUGUUCCUCCAGUUAUUAGGGUGUAUCCAGAGAGUCAGGCUCGUGAGCCAGGGGUGACUGCCAGUCUCAGGUGUCAUGCUGAAGGCAUUCCGAAUCCUUUGAUCAACUGGUUGAAGAAUGGCAUUGACAUUAUGCCCAAGCUAUCAAAACAGCUGACUCUACAAGCAAAUGGAAGUGGAGUGCAUAUUAGCAACGUGCGUUAUGAAGAUACUGGCGCUUAUACUUGCAUUGCCAAGAAUGAUGCAGGAGUGGAUGAAGAUAUCUCAUCUCUUUUUGUGGAAGAUUCAGCGAGAAAGACACGAUUGGGAGUAGGAAACAUGUUCUAUAUAUUUUACGAGGAUGGAAUCAAAGUGAUUCAACCAAUAGAAUGUGAGAUUCAGAGACACAUUAAACCCUCAGAGAAAAUCCUAGGAUAUCAGGAUGAAGUCUGCCCCAAAGCUGAAGGUGAAGCAGUCCAGCGGUGCAUUUGGGCUACUGCUGUGAACAUCAAAGACAAGUAUAUCUAUGUGACGCAGCCAAAGCUGAACAGAGUGCUGAUUGUUGAUAUUCAGUCUCAGAAAGCAGUUCAGGUUGUAGCCACUGAUCCAGUUCCAGUAAAACUUCACUAUGAUAAAUCACAUGAUCAAGUCUGGGUUCUCAGCUGGGGUGAUAAUGAGAAAAGCUCACCAACACUGCAGGUAAUUAAUCAGGCCAGUGGGAGUGCAGCCCAUCACACCAUCCAUACCCAACCAGUUGGCAAGCAGUUUGACAGGGUGGAUGAUUUUUUCAUUCCAUCUACAACCCUCAUCAUUAAUCACAUCAGGUUUGGAUUUAUUCUUCACAGGGGUGAACCAGCUCUUCACAAAAUUGACCUUGAAACUAUGACAUAUAUUAAGACCAUCAGUUUGAAAGAAUAUAAUUGCAUCCCACAGUCAUUGGCCUAUACUCACCUUGGUGGAUACUACUUUGUUCAUUGCAAUGCCGGCAGUACAGGAGCAACUGAACCACAAAUUAUAGUCGACAGUGUCACCGAUUCUGUAAUUGGCUACAAUGGUGAUAUAACAGGUGUUCCUUACACUUCUCCAGAUGGACAUUAUUUGGUCAGUAUAGAUGAUCAAAAGGGUCUCAUGAGAGUUCAAUCCAUCACUAUCCAAGGGGAAAUCCUGGAAUCUUUCGAGAUUCACACUAAUCUUCAUAUCACCGACACUAUCUUUCAGCCUUCUUUCACUGAAACCAACCAGUACAAUGUCUUUGCCAGCUCUGGUGUGCAGACAGAUGUGCUGUUUGUGGAACUCUCCACAGGGAAAGUGAAGAUGGUGAAAAGCCUGAAAGAACCCAUGAAGACAGAAGAGUGGCCAUGGAACAGUAAAAAUCGUGUGAUUGUGGACAGUGGCCUGUUUGGCCAGUAUCUGAUGACCCCAUCAAAAGAAUCUUUGUUUAUUCUGGAUGGAAGGCUUAAUAAGUUAAACUGUGAGAUCACCGAGGUGGAAAAAGGCAAUACAAUAAUUUGGGUUGGUGAAGCAUAAAAGGAUAAAUUACUUAUCUAAUCCCCAGUAUAAAGUUUUCCACUGCACUUAAUCUGCAACUUGAGUCACACCAAUUUUGUUCUUUUAUACACUACGAAAGAUACAUAAUUAAAUAUAAAACAAGUUUGCAGACAUAAAGAUCAGGAACUUUGAACUGACAUAUUCGUAGAUACUAAUUGGAAUUUCAUAAUUUCUUAGUGCAAUUAAUAAUAAUGAAGAUAUAGGAUGUAUAUGUUACUUUAAUUUGUACAAGAAAGCAUUUCUAUAGCUACAACAUGUUUUAGCUAUACAGAAUCUAAAAGCUGCAGGGAAUUACCGAAGACAUACUAAAACCCAUUUGUGUGUUUUUACCCUAUUUUUCCAAUUUUGCUUUCAUACAGAAUUGGGUUAUGGGUUCCAAAAUCAAAAAUGUUCUCGCUUAAUCUUUCAAAUACAGAAUUAUUUGUGCCUUGGGCGGAUAAAUUGCCGGAAAGAGGGUUCAUAAUUUCCAUUUUGGCUACAUAUUGUUUAUCGCACAGAAAAAGGCUGUUCAGAACUAUGUGUACCCUUAUUAAUGCCCAGAGCAGGUCCAAGCAAGUACUGACUAAUUCAAUAAUAUAGUAAGUAGUGAUGUCUUCAAUAUCAGUUUAUUGAUCAUGGAAAGAAGUAACCAGUUCCUGUUCCUCAGCAGAUGUAUUGAUGCUAAACCAGCCUACAUUAAACUGUUAACAUCUUUUCAGCAACAAAUGGGACUCUGUCAAUCAAUCUGUAGUUAAACAUGGUUGAGGCAAUUUGUGCUCCAGUAAAGGCUGAUAGUAUUUUUAGAUUUCCUCUUGAGUUUUUCUGGAUUGGCUUCCUAUUCAACUAGCUAUGUCUUGUGAACAGGAUUUUAUACCCAUGAUCAUGUCUGUAUAUACAGCUGCUAGGCUCUGUGAUUGUCAACUAUUAGUUGGGAAAUAUGGUAUGUGGGAAGAAUCUGCUCAAUGACUGUGCAGCUGCCUGAUAAGAUGUUUUGGUUGUAGUAACUAAAUGUUUCUUUUUUUUUUAACCAGUAAUGUUCUAUCUUGUGGACAUCUACAAUGUGAAAUGUCUCUUACACAAACAUCUGUCUGUCAAAUAUACAUUGUUCUGUGUGAUGUAAUGGAUAUCCUAAUUUCUGAAUGUUGUAUAUGUAGAAAUUUGCUUGACGUUGGAGGCAAAUAAAGAUCUUACAUUUUA